GUAUAUUCCUAAGUUCUUAUAUAUCCAGUCCCUCUUCCCACCCUGAGAAAAAGAGUCUGGACGUUUAGACUUUUCGUGGCUGUCCUUCUUCCCCCCCCCCUCUAACCUGUUCAAUACUAUCGUUACUAUUAGUGAACUAUCGGCAGUGGCUACCUAUCUCCAUUUGCCCUUCCCCCAUUCCCAUUCCCGUGGUUCAUCCUUAUCGAGACUCUUUCUCUCCCUUUUGCCUCCCCGCAUCUUUUACUUUUUUUAUCUUCAACUCGCUUCUUCCUCCCUUCCCCCUUCCCCCGGGGUUCAGACCCGCUCUCUCCGCCACCCUCCGCCUGGAUUUUGCUCACCUUCCAACUCAUUCCAACUUCCCUUCUUCUUCUGUUUUCCUUUUUGUUUGUUCCCUCGAUUUUGUGUAUUUUCUCGGCUAUCAUCCUCGAUGUCUCGCCGCUAAGCAUAUUAAUCUAAUCUCCCUCCCCCGGCCAUCCCCCAGUCUCGCCCUCGUGACACACCGGCCACAAAGAAAGAAACGAGCCUCGUUUCUCCAGUCGCGACGAGGAAAUGACGGCGGUGCUGGCGACUCCCCGCGAACAGGCUUCGCAACAAUUCGCCCGCGACCCUCUGCGGUCACCCACGGCCCAGCGAUACUUCCUAGGGGACCACGGUAUCUUGUCCAAAUCACCCAUGCAAGAUGAAUACUCGGCGCGGGAAUGCCCCAGUCCCGUAGCCUCCUCGACCCUCUCCUCCAUUCCGCUCUCACCGAGCUUCACUCAGCCCGCCCACGAUCAGCUUCCGUAUACCCCGACCACCCUCAGCGCGCUCUCUGUGGAGGAUGACGACUUGAUAUUACCUUCCUACGAUACAGAAAAUGAAAAGUUAUCAGCGUUGAAGGAGUCAGAGCAGGAGCCGGAUACGGUCAGCGACGCGUCGGCCGAAGGCACUUCCCAUACCCCGGCGUGGUCGUGCCACACCCCGGCCGCAGAUGAUAGCUCGGUGGAAGAGGAACCCUCCAGGCAUGUGGACUAUCUGUCUCAUGAAUGGCGGGAAGAGGAUAUCUGGUCUUCCUGGCGCUAUGUCACUGCUCGAAAGGGUUCGUACAGCAAUGGAGUUCGGUUAGAGAACGCGUCGUGGAGGACGUGGGCGAAGGCGAAGAACAACCUCGGAACCAUUUCUCCAGAGACCUUGAAUUGGUUGAAAGAUUGCGAUGUCACAUGGCUCUACGGGCCUCUCAAGACGUCGAGCUCAUGUGAUGCUAUCGCGUCCGAUGCAUCCCCACCACCGAGUCGCCUUGAAACUCCAAACUCCUACUUGGAACCCAAACCCAUCCUGAAGAAGAAGACCAUGUCCGAGACCAUCCUUCAACGGUCGCUUUCCCAGCACACUCUAUUGCAACAUGCAGGUGCUAUUCUCAAGGCCCAGGAGGCUGAGAAUAAUUGGGCACGACCUCCGUUUCCCCGAUCCAACACCGAUCUGGACCAAAUACACCAUCGAACCGGGAGCUCCACCUACUCCCUGGGCGGCACACUCACCACCUCCUCCUGGUCGGGGCUAACCUCUCCCAGUGAACGUCGUCACAUUCACUUCAAUAACGAGGUCGUCCAAUGUAUCGCUGUGGAGGUCAAGGAGAUUGACGAGGAUGAAAGCUGGCCCCCGGCCUUUGAUGAGGAGUCAUCCUCGGAUGACAGUGUGGUCAUGAUGCGACAGAUCCCCGGCCGAGCCUCCGUUAGUAACCGAAGCACACCUCGCGGCAGCUUCAGCAGUGACAGCAAGACCAUUGCACCUCUUCCAUCCACCACCCUCAAAUACCGCGGCGACACCCCGGAACCCCGAGAGUCCAUUCUCGACCACUGGUCUACUUCCCCCUCGACACCUACCUCUUCCAAAUUAUCCCCUACUCCGUCCGUGGAGACUCUCCGCCCUCCUCGACCAUCGGCCAACUUCCUACUCGACGAUGAGGAUGAAGACCCAUCGUUAGACUUUACCGGUCACUAUACGCAUCGAGAUCAGCCGUGGUUCGUCCCCGAAGAUGAAGACGAACUCGCUGAUCGUCCUCUUCGACUCACUUCCUCGGGCAUGUUUAUGCCGUAUGGGGAAAGCGAGGGGGAACCUGCCAGUAACGGUCUUUUAGGCCGAGUGGUGGACACGGUCAACACGGCGCGAGAUAUCGCCCAUGUCAUUUGGAACGUGGGCUGGCGCCGAUGACCCUUCUCCGCUUCUCUGGGCGAAUUGGGACCCUGGCAGGUUUCCCAGCCUAUCGUCCGGAGAGGCACAUAUUAAACCAAAAGAAGGGACUUUCUUUCUUUUUGGUGAUAUACGAAAAUCAGUUGCAUAAUUCUGUGGCGUCGGGCGCUGCGAAUUUCUUGGAGUAAUGAUACGGACGUAAUGAACUUCUUUAUAGAUUCCCCCAAGGGAGGGAGGAGGCAGGUUUGGAUAUGGACCUCCUCCCUUCUUUAUUGAUCCUUCAUGUAUGAAUGAGAUAUGCAAAUAUUUAAUUCCACCGGCUUGAAGCCGAGCUCAAAAAAAAAUACAAACGAGUUCUAUGAGCGUUGUCUUUCUAUGUCAUUUCAAUCAAUAAUAGUAUUAAUGCAC